AUGUGUGCUGUGUAUACAAAUGUAAUGAUUGCUUUGUCGUAUCCGUAUGACGCACACACACAUCAACAAACGAACAAGUGGGCGUUAGGGUAUUGUCAUUCAAAUCAUCUGUUCCGUAAAUUGUUGUAUAUUUUGUACAUAAAAAUCUAAUUUAUUUUUCAUUUAUUAAUUUAAUGAGAGUUGUUUAAAUAAAAUAAUUGAUUGAGUGCGCGAGUGAGAUAUGUUUGUUUAGAGUUUUGUUUUUAUUCGUGUGUGACGUCAUUGUUUUCGACUGCCAGUACGACGCAAUAGCAUUUUACUCGAAAAUGGAUUUAAAAUGAGAAUUGUUUUCGUAAACAAGGCGACGCUCACACAGCAUGUCAGCGGAGUCGCCGCGGCACGUGCGGUCGGGCGGGCCGCUCACCGUGCCGUCCCAGCCACCGAGCGACCGCAGCAUCAUAGAUGCUGUCUCCGGGUUCAUUAACGAUGUCACACUAUCCUCUUCAUCGACUGUAGAUCCCAAAGAUGUUAUACAAUGGGCGAGGUUCGAAACGGCGGACAUAAACGAGCCAACACCAGAAGGGGACAGUGACAACGAUGUCUCCCCAUUACUCCUUAUCUUGGGCUACGGGUCCGGGGUCCAAGUGUGGCUGAUCCCCCCCAGUGGGGAGGCCCAGGAGGUGUUGUCAUGGCGACAAGGCACAGUGAGGGUGCUCCGUAUACUGCCUACUCCGCAGCACGGCGACUGCUUCGCAUCGAAGAGGCCCCUUAUCGCCUUGUGUGACUCUGCCAGUCCAGGACCUUCGUUUUGCUCGCUCAGCUUUAUUUCUAUUAGAGGAGGUGAACAGGUAAAAAGCAUAAAAUUCAAGAACCCGAUACUUGACGUGCUGGCAAACAAACGUUCAGUAGUCGUAUCAUUUUCUGAGCGUUUCGCGGUAUUCGACGCGGCGACAUUAGAAGACCGAAUGGCCGUCACUACUUGUUACCCCUGCCCGUGUCCUUUGGGAGGCAGCUUGCCGAUCAACCCUUUGGCGUUGGGAGACCGCUGGCUGGCUUAUGCUGAUAAGAAGUUGAAUCAAUCGAAAAGAAGCAGUGGGGGGUGUGAAGGUGAAGGCGUAACCAGCUACACAGCGACAGUGCUCCACGCAGCCAAGUCCCUUAGCAAAGGCCUACGUGGCCUCGGGGAGAGCGUGGCCCACAGCCUGGCUGGGGGGCGAAGCACCUCGCAGUCUCCAUCUCCACCCAACGCCGAUAUACAGCAGCCGGGAGUUGUUACCAUAUUGGAUAUCGAAGGUAACGAGGAAGAAGACGGGCAAGACAGCGAAGAACCAUGCGACCCGAUAGUAGCCCACUUCAUAGCGCACUCCGAAGCGAUCAUCGCGCUGAAGUUCGACGCGAGCGGCAUGUUGCUGAUGACAGCUGAUAGACGAGGCCAUGACUUCCACGUGUUCAGGAUCAACCCUCACCCUUGUGGGGCUAGUUUGGCGUCUGUCCAUCAUCUGUAUAUAUUGCAUAGGGGAGAUACUACGGCUAAAGUGCAGGACAUAGCGAUAUCAAACGACUCCCGCUGGGCCGCAGUAUCCACGCUCCGCGGCACGACGCACGUGUUCGCGAUCAGCCCGUACGGCGGCGCGAUCGGCGUCCGCACGCACACGCAGCCGCGCGUCGUCAACCGCCUGUCGCGCUUCCACCGCUCCGCCGGCCUGCCCAUACACACUGCUGCGGCCAAACGAGCUUCUGCUACCACGGUGGGUGACAACAUGUCGCAAGGCGCGUGGUUCCCCAACCCUCGGCUGCCGCCGUACCCGCUGCCCACCACGCUGUCACCACUGGCACAGCUGCGGCCCACUGCCAACAUACCCACACACACCAUCACCAGGAACAGCUCCGGUCGUCAGCGCCUGUCCUCGCUAUCGGAGGACAACAACUCGGCGCCGCUACUGGCGCGGGCGCGGUUCGGGCCGGCCGUCAGCGGCCGAGCGCCGGCGCCCGUGGCCGCGUUGUACCUGAUGGCGGCUAAUGGUUGUUUGCUGCAUCUGCUGUUACAUCCACGACCGCUGUCUAGCCUAUCAAAAGAGAAGAUCUGCGAUGAAUCCAUGAUCGAGCUGGAGGUGGAGCCAGUAGCGCAGUGGCCGCUACAGCGUCCGGCCGCCGCCGCCGACCUGCUGGCGCCGCUGCCGCCCUCCAACCCGCUGCUGCAGCCGCAGACCUGCCGGGUAACGUACAGUACACUAUAUAGCGCAGUGGCCGCUACAGCGUCCGGCCGCCGCCGCCGACCUGCUGGCGCCGCUGCCGCCCUCCAACCCGCUGCUGCAGCCGCAGACCUGCCGGGUAACGUACAGUACACUAUAGUGACGAGUCAUGAUCGAGCUGGAGGUGGAGCCAGUAGCGCAGUGGCCGCUACAGCGUCCGGCCGCCGCCGCCGACCUGCUGGCGCCGCUGCCGCCCUCCAACCCGCUGCUGCAGCCGCAGACCUGCCGGGUAACGUACAGUACACUAUAGUGACGAGUCAUGAUCGAGCUGGAGGUGGAGCCAGUAGCGCAGUGGCCGCUACAGCGUCCGGCCGCCGCCGCCGACCUGCUGGCGCCGCUGCCGCCCUCCAACCCGCUGCUGCAGCCGCAGACCUGCCGGGUAACGUACAGUACACUAUAGUGACGAGUCAUGAUCGAGCUGGAGGUGGAGCCAGUAGCGCAGUGGCCGCUACAGCGUCCGGCCGCCGCCGCCGACCUGCUGGCGCCGCUGCCGCCCUCCAACCCGCUGCUGCAGCCGCAGACCUGCCGGGUAACGUACAGUACACUAUAGUGACGAGUCAUGAUCGAGCUGGAGGUGGAGCCAUCAUGAUCGAGCUGGAGGUGGAGCCAGUAGCGCAGUGGCCGCUACAGCGUCCGGCCGCCGCCGCCGACCUGCUGGCGCCGCUGCCGCCCUCCAACCCGCUGCUGCAGCCGCAGACCUGCCGGAGAUGUGCAGACAUGUGUAUGAGCGAAGAGGAGCGUUGGCUGUCGCAAGUGGAGAUCGUGACGCACGCGGGCCCGCACCGCCGCCUGUGGAUGGGCCCGCAGUUUGUCUUCAAGACUUAUAACUGCACUGGUUCGAGCUCGUCGUUAUCGGAGGCGGAGACAGUAGAGGUAUGCGCGGGUCCGGCGCGGUCCAACCCCGUCAACAUGCCCGGCGCCCGCCCCGUCGUACCUGUGCUCAUUGACUCCGGCUCUGCUAGUUCUCUCGAACAUUCUCCAUCAGACAGUUUCCGUCGCAAAUCUUUGUUGGCUGAGAGCGGCCGUGCGGCUUCCGUGUGUGACGUGCAAUUGAGGGAAGAUCUAGCGGAAGCUAUGAAGGAAGACCAUGGGGCGGCGCGCGCCUCGCCCCCGCGCCCCGCGCGGCCCGCGCUGGCCCGCGCCGUGGGCCCGCUCGGCACCGUGGUGCAGCCGCCGCCCGCCGCGCCCGCGCCCGCGCUGGAGCCCUACGCCGCGUCCAACGCCGACGAGGCCACGUUCCGGCCGUGCUGCGCGCCGCCGCGCCCGAGCGCCGCCCGGGGCGGCGCGCUGCCGGCCGGCACCACCAUCCCCGCGCAGCGCGUGCCGGGCCGCGCCGCGCCGCCGCCCGCGCCGCCGCAGGACCUCAGCACCGCGCGCGUCAUCCCCGCGCAGCCGCUGCCCGACCCUAGUUAUAGUCUAGAUAAGUAUAGCGUACCCGAGGAGGCGGCGCGACAGGUGACGGAUGCCAGAGCGAGUGCGAGGAGCUUGGCGCCCGCCGAGCGAGCCUGCGAGGCGCCUCCCCACCCACUGCCAAACCGGACGCCGGCGGGUGAUAUUCAGCCGCCCGCCCGACAUAGUGUUAGGCGAUCACCCACCCCCCAGUCGGACGGCGACUCGCUCGCCGCCGAUGCUAGUUCUAGAGAUAGGAAAUCUUAUAGAGUUAGGGAAAGCCCUCCGUCUCGAGAUGAGGCGUCGAAAGCUUCCAAGUCAAGUGAGGUACACGAACGUAGGGAAUCUACUCCUAAGGUAGAAAGAGUUAGUAAGAUGGAGCCUGUUAAGAAAGAUUUAGUUGUAAAGGAACAAGUUUUAAAAGAACCUGUUCCCAAAACGAAUGCUUCAAAAGAACAUGUCGUUAAAGAAGCUGCUCCAAAAAAGACAGCUGCAAGAGAAUCCGUUCCAAAAGAGGUCGUCCCAAAAGAAUCUGUUACAAAGAAGACGACUUCAAGAGAUUCUAUUCCGAGAGAAACCGUUGCAAAAGAAAUUGUUCCAAAGGAGCCUAUAGCAAAAGAACCCGUUCAAAAAGAAUUAGUUCCAAAAGAGCCUAUUACCAAGGAACCUGCUCCAAAGGAGCCAAUACUGAAGGAACCGAUCGCUACUGUAGAUACUCGAGAGGAAACACCUUCGGUGGCUGUAACUUUAAAAUUAUCGACAAAGAAGAAAACUACCGAGACGAAAUCGAACAAAGAAAAAGUUGCAGAACACAUUAAAACUGAAGAACAAGCUUGGGAUAUGCUCCUAAACGAGCCGGAAAAGCCGGUAACGUACGAAAGUCCAGCUGUCGAUGAGAAAACUGUUGAAGAACCCAAACCAAAGUCCAAGAAAAAUCGUAAAGUCAAGAAGACACAAGACGAAGCACAGAUGAAAGAUGAGGACACUUUUGUUGAAAUACACGCUAUAGAUGAUAAACCUCAGCCUUCCAGUGGUGACUUAGUUUCAAUCUCGACGCCUUACGAAGAUAUCGAACCGAUGUCUUACUUAGCUAAAACUAAAAAAUCACGUUCUUCAAAAAGCCUUACCCCAGAGAGAAAGGAUUGUUUUGAUCCUACAGAUAUGUGGGGACUCGGUGAACCAGAAAUUACUAGCGUACCUAAAACUGACGAUAAUGUUAAUCAAAAUGACUUUGUACCUGAAUUUAAGGAAUUUGUCACUGAUGUGCCUAAAACUGAUACUCUUAAAGUAUUUGAAGGAAUUGGAGAAAAUACCUCAGCUUCAAAAGAAUCACCGCGAGCUAAGAAAACUAAAUCUCUUUCGCCUUACUCCGAACGAAAAUCGGCAGAAAAACGAUAUGAAACUGAAGUGACAGAUGUUUAUGUAAUAGAUACAAUGAAGGAAGAGUUCCCUGAAAUUCAGAUUACUAAAGGCACUAAAAUACGUAAGAAGUCACCACAGCCGGAAAAGAAGAUCCAAGAGGUAGAAGUUAUUGAAAAGCCACCCAUUAAAUCUUGGAGCUCUAUUGCUGCGUCUAAGAACGCGAAAAAAGAGGAAAAGGCUUCUGAAGAAAGAGUUGAAAUAGAAAAGAAAGAGAAAGUAGAAAAGGUGAUUGAAACAAGAGAUUUCGAUGAUGAAGAAGCUGGGUCUUCAACACGGGUGUCGUUACAAGAAAAACUUAUUGAGCUAUGCAAGAGAACAGAUAUAAUGGUAGCCGAAUGUGAUGCGCCUUCAGAACUCAACUUUGUUGAAGAACAUCAUUCAGUUCUUGACUUGCCUCCACUAGAGCCUUUGGACUUCGGUUUGGACGACUUCAAAUUAGAAGUUAUGCGAGACAGCCUUCUAGAAAUGAACGAUGGAGGUAUAACAAGUCCCAUAUGUAAGAUAAACAUCGAUAAUAUACUGUCGACCAUUAAAGAGACCACAAACAAAGCCAUAGAAUCAAGCGCCUUCAAUCUGAUAGAUUUAGAGAAAGUUCCGUCGAAGAGAGAGAAAGGCUUUAGCGUUGUAGAAAAUGAUAAAAUUACAACGCAAGAAGUGAAGAUUGAUGAAGAUAAAUCCGAGGAAAAAGAAAUAGAGGUGAUGGAUAAGUCUUCGGAUGAUGAUAAUACUUCACCGAUCGUGUCUACUGAUAGCGACAAAGAGGACAAAAAAUCCACUGGUGCUUCUAAUGUAACCAUGCCUUCGACAAAGCAAUCGUCUAAGUCUAAAAAGUCGCGUAAGAAGAAAAAAUAAAUAAAAUGUGUUCAGUGCUAUGAAAUUCAAUGUUACGAUUUUUGCAAUAUUUAUCGUAGUUUAAAUUAAAGACAUAUUCAGCUUAUGCUACUUCAUAAAUGUCAUGCUUCCUUAGGUUAAAAUCUUAAUGCAAUAGAUACCUUUAGUAUGUUUAUAUUUUGGAUAUUUUAAAGUAGAAAUAUUCGGAUUAUUAAUUCUUCGUUGAUCUAGUGAAAAGCAUUCGUAUUAUUUUAUAAAGAGAAGCUUUUUGAAAUAACAUUUCGGACAAGUCUAAGUUUAUUCUACUUUAUCCAUCUAUUAGUGUCAAAUUAGAGUUACGCUGAAUACUUACUCAAAUAUGUUAUUAUUAAUGUAGUUCUAUAUUUCUAACUUUCUUUGCUUCGUUUAUAUUAUGUGUGUAGUAUACUAACACUAUUAAGUUUUAAGAUUAUUCGAUUAUGAGUACCUGUUUAUCUUUUAAAGUAUUCUGUCGUUACAUGUUUUUAAAAGAGACCGCUUAAUAGAUAAUCUUCAUAGUAAUGUAACGUAAGCUGAAUAUGUCCCGUUUACGCGUUUAGAAUCAAACAUUUGCUGCUGUUGUAGUAAUCUUAGUCAAUAAAUGCAAUUAAUGUGAUUAAGCACAGGUAAAAGACAAAAAAAAACUUAAAAUGUUUGUAAAAAAAGUGAUUUUAAAAUAUUUGCUACUAAAGCCUAACAUAAUAUUAUUUAGGCAAUGACCUUUUAUCGUUGUUCAGUAGCGGUAUUAUAUGUCAUAUCAAAAAAAAUAAACAUAAAAAUGUAAAAACCUAUCAAAAUACACAAAAAAUAAUCACGAUUAGAUUUUUUGUGAAGGCUCUUAAUUCCUGACAUUCGAAGUUUUCAUAUGAUUAUGUAAUACUGUACUCGUAGUUAUAGAUUUUGGGCAAAAUUUUGAUAUUAUCGAAAAGGUGCGAAGUCUUCACAAAAAACCUAAUACUUUUUUUUUGUAUAACAGUACUCCUUUUAGUACUUAUCUUUUGUUUAUUUAGUUAUUUAAGUGUAGAUGAAUAAAAUUGCAUACCUAGUGGAAACAGAAAGCUAAAAAAAAACUAAACACUUUUUUUCUACGCGCCACGCAAGAUCUUAAAGGCCAGUAUACAGAAAUAUGCUUACCUGUACACUACCAUACAAUAAUUUAAGCUUGACCAUGAUAAAUGGACACAGUAUAUUAUAUACAUAUUUUGCGCAAUCAGUUACAUUAGAGGUCAAUGCUUUUGCGGAACAAACAGGCGUUAAUGUUGACCUUAAUAUAAUUGAGGCUCAUUUUAAUUAUUAAUAUGUAAUUAAAGCGAUCAUACCUCAGUAUUAAUUUAUUGUGUUGCUUUGCCUCCAACUACUGCUUCUGAGUGCGACAUCACGGUAUAUCGUUCGGAGAAACCAAAGAAACAAUAAAUUGUGAAUGUUACCUAUCAGAAAUAUAAUAUUAGGUCUUAAAAUUGUGUUGAAUAUCGUCUAGCUAUGUUGAUUGAGCAUAUUUUCCAAAUAGACCUCUCUAAGGUUCUGGUUUGUCGUGCUAAAAAUUAGAUUUAUAUCUAUUACUGUGCGGCAAAUAAUGUGCUUGGUUCAGUAUAGUAUUGCUAGACAGUACCGUGUGGUCUUAUUCAGAGGCAACUUAACGCUUAUGACUUAGUCACCCCGGUAUAUGAUACCUUCUCUCAUGUACGGCUGUCUUCGUGUACAAAUAUAUCGUAACUAUCGACAAGUAUUAUUUAUUAACCAAUGUUUUAUUAUAAUUUUAUUUAGCUUUAAUAUGUUGAAUCAUGACAAAUAUUUAUUUUUUUAUAUAAUUUACGAUUGAUCGUAUUUCUUUUGGUGAAAUUAUUUCGAUUAUUUUUAAGCUUAAUAAUACGUAGUUGGUGCAUAAUACUAUUUAUUAUUAAUUGACGAAAAUUUUAGUUUUUAAGGGCUUAAAUCUUAGUUUCCAUAUAUUGUAUUUGCCCUCAACCUGGACGACAUAUUCAUUUUAAGUAAGUUAUGAAAUUAUGGUUGUAAAUGAAUUGGUUCUUAUGAUUUUCAAAAUUAUAUCGUAGGUGUUUUCAUAAAAGAUCUAAAUUAGAAACUUGUUGAAGUUGUAAGGCUAUUUAUUUUAAACUACAGCUCUCAAUCGGGGCAUCUGAGGGUGCAAAUUGUAGAGUAUACUUCAGAAAGGCUUUUGAAGUAGGGGAGUAAAUGAAGUAGAAAGGCAGGGCUAUUAGUUAAUUUUUAAUUUUCAACUCUCAGUUAUUGACAGGGUUUAAUAAAAAUAGUACAAUCUACCUUUGUGGUACUCCUUACAGAUGGUCAAUGGACUAGUGUAGACCAAUACUACAUCGAAAGUGAUGUACCUAAUGCAGGGAAAUAUAAUGUAAGGGCUUUUGGAAAUCGCUUUUAAUGGGGUUGAAAUAGAUUUCGGGUGUAACAUUGCUAAAACAUUACUAACCUAUGCAUUAAUUAUUUUAGUACAUUUCUUUGGCUAAAUAAGUUUCACGAAAGACCGUAAGGAGUACUAAGGUACCUACUUUGUGUUAGUAGAUUGAUCUUUUUCGGAAUAGUUAGUACUUAUUUGGGUUUAUUAACUUAUAAUUGGAUACAAAAUUAAUAAUUAUGUACCAUUGAUUUUGGUUACUAGGUCUACGUACGAAUAUUAUUAUUUUUUUGUUUUUAUUAUAAUGGCAAUUAAUAGCGGCAGCUUAUAAACUGUAAAAAGUUGUCGAAUAAGUCGAUUGUUUGAGAAGGAAAACGGUUCCUUUGUUUCGAAAAGAGAUUUUAGCUUCAUAAUCAAAAUUAUGUUCUCAUCGUUUUUUAAUUGUAGUUUUGUAAGGCUCCAGAAAACUGGUUCUAUGUAAAGUUUUAAAUAAGUGUACUUCUGUCUAUGAUAGACUGUUUACAUGACGCAGAAAUUGUUUGGCAUAGACCUUUGUACAGUCAAGUUUCGUAAAUAUUUGUUAUGAGGGCAAGUUCGACUAUUUAAUGAAUUAAAAAUCAUAAAAAAUUGUGUAUAUUAAAUUGAUGACCACCUUUUUUUGUAAAAAAUCCGUUCUUAUACAAUUAUCAUGACGUUGCUUCCAUGUUUAUAAACUUAUAAUGUGUUAUUGAUUGCCUUGACCAAAUCAUGUAAUUUGAUCAAUAAAAUUAAUGUAAAUAAUAGUGGAAUCUAUCAGUUCUAUAACUUUGUAUUACAUAAUGGUCUGCACUAACAUUUCUUCAUUAAUACUUAGAACGAUAAAAAAUGUUGUAUGAUUCAAGCAUAAUAACAAUAAAUAUUGUACCUUAAUUAAUGAAAUAUUGAAUGCUAUAGAUGUGAGCUAUAAAGCAAUGGUUAUUUUAUCAUUAAAACUGUUUGCUUUUAUUAUUUACAUAUUCACUUGCAUUGCAAGAACUUUUCACACGGUUCUAUAUAUAUUUGUUUGUAAAAAUUAUAAAAAUUGAUUUCUUUUUGAAACCAUUACAUAUAAAAAAGAAGUACAUUGAUAGCUUAAAAAAUUCGCUUUUUAAAAUAAGUAAAAAUAGAAUGUGUGGACUGCUUGCAAGUGCUAAACAUCCCAAGAAUACCAGUCUGUCAUAUAACGUAUGCUAAAUAUGUUUUCGGCUAUGACGCGUAUAUUGUAUACUUCGGCUGAAAUGGUUUGUUGAUAAUGUUAUGGAGUGUUUUAAAAAAUCAGGAUAGUACCUACAUAAUAAAGAUGAGAAUUCAAAAACAGCA